UUCCUUUUCGUCUGGAUACGAUAUGGUGAGGCUCGACCCAGUGGAUCCUUGAUUUGCCACGUGCCCAUCAUCUCUAACUCAGUAGAAAGCAUCGUCAUUGUUAACGUUCUUCAAUCUUAUCCGGCUUUCUCUUGUGUUCCUCUUAGUAAGCCCUGCAUCAGCACCAGAUUUGUUUCUUGGAAGACCAGAGUCAAGAUUCCUGCAAAUGUAUACCUCUCUGAUACCCAUCUCCAAUUUCCCCUUGAACAUCCAAAGAAGUCACUCCAGAGCCCGAAUUUCCACUCCAUCGAUCGCACUAAUCUCCCAACUAAGAGCCGCCGAACUUCAAGAACCGCCCAAGAACCCCAAAGCAGAGGCCACGAACAAUGACUUCCCAACCAUGGCCGACAUAAUCAGCGCCUCGACGGCGCAGAACCUUGACAUUGAACUGAAAACGCUGGGGCCCUUUUUCAGAAUCACGGCCAGGAGCUUGGACGCCCAAGGAGAGCUCGGGAGGGCCGAAGGUCUGAUCAGGGUCUGGACAGGAGGGAAGAUUCUGCACCUGGAUUCGAUCAGGUUGAGGAGGGAGACGCUGGGGAUGGAGAGAUCCAUAUUUGGUAUAGGGCUGUUCAUUGGAGCUGUGGCGAUAAGGCAUGGGUACGAGUGUGGUUGCAGGAGGGCCGAAUUGCUGGCCAUCAAUGACUCGGAUCUUUACCAUUCCAAGGUUCCUUUCGUUUCUCUCUUUCUGGUUCACGUUCUUGAUGAGUUCCUUCAUAUUCGUCCCUUGGUGAAUCAUAGUACUGCCCUAUGAAAGUCCCAUGAAGUUUCGACGGAUAUGAAUUACCCUCCACCUCUGUCUCUCUCUCGCCCCGAAUUGAAUUUGUGAACGUGGUUAACUGAUAAUGCUCUUACCCAUUUCUUAAGAAUGGCUGAAUUUCAUGGAAAGGUGAAAAAAAGCCCAUACUCUAACCUGCAUCCCAAGUUAUCUUAAGGAAGACACGGGUUUUUAUCAAAUAGAGAAUUCCAUCUAUGUGAUGAACAACGCCCACAUAAUAACUAUGCCAUUGUUCAAAGUCACGGAGCAUUGGCAUUCUCAUUCCAGUGAAAAGUGAGUCAUGGUUUGCCCAAUUUUUUUUCCCAAUGAAUCAAUAUUACCCGAAAAUUCACGGCCAAAGGCUUGCAUAUCUUUGAUUUUGGUCAA